GAUUCCGCCCAGGCGCUUAAACCCGCCCACUCCAUCUUCUCCGGUCAGCCCUCUUGCCCGCUGCGCAGGCGCACUGACGGAAAAAAGCCCAUCUCCGGCUCGACUUUCCUCCGUCGGCUCCUCAAUUCCUUUUUCGCUCGGAGCUUCUCGGAGGAGGCCGCUAGGAGGGCGGGAAGGUCACCGGCGGGGGAGAGGAGGGGAGCAGGAAGAGCCGGGCCAGCGUCGUUGCCUUCUUCCGCGAUCCAAGAUGAAGAUUUGGACCUCCGAGCACACCUUUGAUCAUCCCUGGGAAACAGUCACCACUGCUGCAAUGCAGAAAUAUCCAAAUCCCAUGAACCCCAGCGUGGUUGGAGUUGAUGUCCUAGACAGGCAUGUAGAUCCCAGUGGAAAGUUACAUAGCCACAGAUUGCUCAGUACAGAAUGGGGAAUGCCAUCAAUUGUAAGAUCGCUUAUUGGUGCCUGUAGAACAAAAACAUAUGUAGAAGAACACUCUGUAGUUGAUCCAAUGACAAAAGUAAUGGAGCUCAAGUCUACUAAUAUUUCAUUUACAAAUCUGGUGUCAGUGGAUGAGAGGCUAAUUUAUAAACCACAUCCUCAAGAGCCAGAAAAAACCAUUUUGACUCAAGAGGCAACAAUCUGUGUGAAGGGGGUCAGUGUCAGCAGUUACCUAGAAGGACUAAUGGCAAACACUAUAUCUUCUAAUGCUAAAAAGGGCCGUGAAGCUUUGGAAUGGGUGAUCAACAAGCUGAAUGCUGAAAUAGAGGAAUUCACGGCUUCAGCAAGAGGGAACAUGCGGUCACCCAUGGCAGCAGCAGCCUUUGUGGAGAAAUAAUGCAGAGCUACGUAUUUAUGCAACAGUGAUUGGGCCUGAAUAUCCGAAACAGCAGUUGCGCACUUCUUCCAAGCUGGAAAUAUUUAUUCUUUUACCUAUUUUUUUAAAAAAUCUGUAAAUUAGAUUUUUAAAUUAAACUUGGAGAGAAGUUGCAUACCUCUGUAAAAUGAAGGCGCUAUGCAUGAUUGUGGAAUUCAAUGGGAUAUCGUAUUCAAUGGAAGAUACUCCAAAGGGUCAAGAUCCAAGGAGUCUUGUCAUGCUGGAACUACUCUUCCAACAGAGCAAGUGUACGGAACACUAAUGAUAAUAACUACUUUGAUAGAAUUCAGGUUUACUUGGACUCUGUUACUUUCAGUGCCAUUCCAAAAAUGAAGAGUUAUUAUUCUGGGUCCAGAAUAAUCUACUUAGUUUGAGGCAGCUAGUGUUAGGUCUUGGUUUGGAAGAACGUUUUAUUACUUGAAAUACCAUUCCUUAUACAACCAAUUUUUUUGUAUGCUCCUUUCAUUGUUAACAUGAAAAGAUGGUACUUAAAUACCUGUUAUGCAUAUCUUUGAAUAAGAAAUAAGUUGAUGCUUUGUAAUUUUGAAAAGAUUAUCAACUACCAAGUUGUGUGCUUACUGCAAUUCUGGACGAAGCUGCGUGUAAAAGAAACUUUGCUCAAGACUUUGAUCCACAAUUUCAGUUUUUUGAAACUCGGUGACAGAUAUAUUCUGUUAGCAAUGUAACAUUGUUAAAUGAGUUUCAUAAUCAUGAGUCAUAUGUUUGCUUAGCAAGAUACCACAGGCGACUUGAAUGUCUUAGAGUAGUUUGUAUUUUGUUUGCUUUCCUUGAGGGGACAGAUUAAUUCAGUCAUUUGCAGCACAGUUCUAAGCAGAGUCACAUCAUUCUAAGCAUGUUCUUAGCAUUGUCUUGGUAUCAUUGAGUUCUGUAGGUAAAUGGAUGGAUUUCAGCAUCGCCUGUCACUGGACAAUUUUUGUAGAAGAAUUUUAAAAUAGAAUGUGAAAUCUGACUGAUACUGAACAGAAUGAAAAUAGCAGUGGAACAGGUCUUUGUUCAUUUAAUAACUAUAGUUGCAUUAAGAUCUAACUAAAACAAGGAUCUGUAUGGAAUAUAUCUGAGGAGGAGAAGCAUAUUAUCUUCCUGAAGACAUUACAACAAAUAGUACUUAGUGUGAAAACUGAGCUGUGGGACUGUUUUGAAAUCUGUUCUAGUUGACCAAAUUAAUCUAUUGAUGUUUAGAAACAGGAAUUCUUUGAUGCAUGCAGUGUUCUGUGCCACUUUAGCUCCAGUUCUGUACUGACAUGGGUGGGAAAAAUCUGUGGAUUAUGCCUAAAAUCGCAAAUGUUUACUAAUACAUAUUUAAAUUAUAAAUAUUUUUCUACUUAGAUUGUACUUGGUCUUUACAAUUGCAUUUGUGAAACCAGUACCUGUAAAUAUGUUUUUUUUAACGUAUGAAGAUUAACUUAAUUAAAAUGUUGUCAAUAA